AUUUCGCCCAAUCUCGGAAGCGACGAUUGACGAGCAUAGCUUUUGCAGGUCUGUACGCGACACCGCAGCAUGGACCGUCCUGGACCAGGGCAACAACUACGUAAUACAUCUUCCAAUAUGUUCCAACUUCGACAGAACGAGAACCGCGCGCCGCUCGGCACCGCCACGAACAGACUCCAGAACGGCAAGCUGGGCGGCGGACAAGCUCAGUGGGGUUCAGGUGCUUUCACUGGGCCAACAAGCGGUGCACCAGGGCUAUCUGCAGCGCAAACACGAACAAACGGCGGACCUGCAUCGAGCUUUGCGCAAGCAAUGGGUAACUCGCAGCCACACACGCCGCUCAACCUUGAGGAGUUUCCGUCGUUGUCUGGCGCUCCUCAAGCACAGCAAAACACCACCGCUCAGCAGAUGUGGGCGAACCCUACCCUCCGAACCACCCCGCACACGACCAUCCAGCGACCACAAGGGCAGACGCCACAGCACGUGCAACAAGGACAAGCGUCCAAUCAACAACUGCAAGGUCAAAGUAAUGAAGAUUCUCCGCAAGGCCAGUUCGGUGGUGCUGGUGAUGACUACCGAUUUGGUGGGCAAGGAGGGGUUGGACAGCUGUCUGGCGGUGCGCAACCGCAGACAGGCAACAUCGAAGAGUUUCCGCCGUUAGGGAACAGUGCCGCGGGAGAGAUCGGACCAGAUCGACGAGCAGGCUUGAUCCAGAACGCAGCUGCGUUCGGGGCAACUCCAGGCACGAGCGCUUUCCCAGGGCUAGGGCAGACACGAAAUGGCCUGUCUAGUCCGACAGAGAGCCAGGGCAACCGAUCAUCAAAUGCCACAGUGGGUGGAGGUCUCGCAGGCGCAGCAUCGCGGACACCGUUCGACGGAAUGCGUGCAACACCAUCAAACCAGCAAGAGGGCGGUCAGAGGACAGAACAAGCAUCAGGGAAUCUGUCUUUCAUCGGGUCUGGUAUUCGAAGCGGCGGCGACGCCACGCCUGUAGGGCAACGGCCUCAGCAAAGUCAAUUCGAGUCAGGUUUUGGUGGAGACAGUGUUGGCUCACCAAACACACAAACACCACUGCACAAGAAGCUCGCAGAGAUGACAGACCAGGAACGUUACGGUCUGCCAGGGCUGUUGUCCAUGAUACCACUCGAGAGCCCUGACUACUCCUCGCUGGCGAUGGGUCAAGACCUGACGGUCCUGGGACUGGAUCUGAGUCGACCAGAUAACUCCCCAUUACAUCCAACAUUUGGCUCGCCCUUCGUGGAAUCCAACGUCAAGCCCGUAAUACCGCCGGAUUUCACCCUUCCCGCAGCAUACACGGUUACGAAUGUCCCACCACUACACUCGAAGAUGGCCAGCUUCUCCGCCGAGACAUUACUAGCUAUCUUCUACCAGCACCCACGAGAUAUACUGCAGGAGAUUGCUGCAGCUGAGCUCUACAAUAGGGAUUGGAGAUGGCAUAUCAAGCUGCAGCAGUGGAUGAUGAAGGACCCCGAUCUACCGGCGCCCAUCCGCCUGUCACCAAAGGAGGAGCGCGGGUGGUAUCUGUUCUUCGAUGUCACGAACUGGAGACGGGAGAGGAGGGAGUUCGAGCUCAACUAUGAUCAUCUAGAUCAGCGCCAUGGCAGCCCUGGCAUGGCAGGAACGAUAUAGUAGGCGCUCUUGUCAUACCACUGAUCGAAGGUUAUUACGAAGGCGCUGGCUGUAGCUCGAGUGCUUCACUGAAGCCUUUGGCGAACGCUCAGGGUGGCACUUCGAUCAACGAAAUGCAAUAUUGGGCUCCGCUCUUCGCACAGCACUCGCACUCGAAGUAGAUAUUGA